AAAACUCAAAAAAAAUUCAAAGAGACUUCACAAACACUCUCUUUCUCGUAGAAAAACACAGCCAAUGACGUUCUCGUGGUCUUCUGUGCCAUAAAAAUCAUUAUACACAUUCAAACACCAAUCUGGCGCCACAUAUGCAUAUAUGUACAUGUAUGUAUCUGUAUUCAUAUAUAUUCAUUUCUCUUCCUCUCUCUCCUUGUGAGUGGUGAGAUGGGUAUCCCUAUAAGGUGCAGCAUCGAACCAUCUGCAAGAUUUUGACUCGUUUUCUUUUGUGUUUUUCCAACAUCUGUCUCUUCUUCACUCGCUCUCUCUCUAUCUCUUUCCUUUUUCAAUCUCCCCAACGACCCUCUCUCUUUUUUAUCUUCCCAUUCAUAACUCUAUUUAUCUCUCUCUCUCUCCCCGGGAAAAAUGGAUAACUUCUUGCCCUUUUCCUCUCCAAACGCAAACUCUGUCCAAGAGCUCUCUAUGGAUCUAAACACCAAUCGCUCACACUUCUCAACGGUCCCUACUUAUGAUCAUCAUCAGGCGCAUCAUCACUACCACAUGUUACCACCGUAUCCAAACAUUGCAUGUCCGGUGGAUCCAACGGCGGUGAUGAAUCCUCAGCCGCUUCACUCAUCGGAGGCUUUUUCUCGGUUCCCGUUUACGCGAACCGGAAGUGAAUUCGGCUCUCUGGUUUGUAACCCCGGUUUGAGACAAGAGAGAGGUGGAUUUCUUGAUCCACACAUGACGAAGAUGGCCAGGAUCAACAGGAAGAAGGCGAUGAUAAGAUCAAGAAACAACUAUUGCCCUAAUUCUAGUUCAAAUGAGUUGGUUGAUUCAAGGAGACAAGUGGCUCUUAACAUGAAGAAUAAUUCCGAGACUACCGCUAAAAAAGAUCUCUUUCGAUUUUCCUCAUUCGAUAACAAGAAGCUUAGGGUUUUGUUGGUGAAGCACUUGAAGAACAGCGAUGUUGGGUCACUUGGGAGGAUCGUUCUACCAAAGAGAGAAGCAGAAGGAAAUCUUCCAGAGCUAUCUGAUAAAGAAGGAAUAAUGGUAGAGAUGAGAGAUGUUGACUCUGUGCAGUCUUGGUCUUUCAAAUACAAGUUCUGGUCCAAUAACAAGAGCAGAAUGUAUGUCCUCGAAAACACAGGAGAAUUUGUGAAGAAAAAUGGAGUAGAGACUGGAGAUUCUUUAACAAUAUACGAGGACGAAAGCAAGAAUCUCUACUUCUCCAUUAGAAAGUACUCAGGCAAACAAAAUGAAGGAAGAGAAGAUGAGUCGAUGGAAGUCAACGACAUGAACUUCCUCGAAGAUUUAACGUUUGAUUACAUACCAAAUGACGAAGAAGAAGAUUCUAUUGCAAUGCUCAUCGGAAAUCUAAACGAUCACUAUUCCAUUCCAAACGAUCUAAUGGACCUCACAACCGAUCUUGAUCAAGCAACCUCCUCGUCGCCACAUUUGGAUCACCUGUCUGAUGGUCACGCCACAAGUGAUCACGUGAGCUCAAACGACUUCGUAUGGUGAUUUGAUUGAAGUUGAUAUAGCUCUACCCUUUGAGCUAAUAAUAUACAAGAGAUAGAAAAAGAAAAGAGUAUCUUUCAUCAUAUUCAUAUCUAUAUUUGUUUGAUAAAGUGUUUUUGU